AUGGAUGGCUAUGGCGGCAUUGAUCGCGGGUUCCGAGUCGCUCAUCAGAAGAUAUCGAUAGAUGUUGAUCUAACGAACAAAUGGAUUCGAGGUUGGACUGAAUUGACCAUCAUUCCGACUGAUGUUGGUCUGAAGCAAAUCACUCUUGAUUGUCGCAAUAGUAGGAUUGAGAAUGUGCUAAUAAAUGGUAGAAAAGCCUCUUUUGAACAUGUGGACGCGCUUCGCAAUGCCAAAAUGCCUUCGUCCACCUCUGUUCACCAACAUCAUUUCUACGCCAAACAAAUCGACGGUCUACUUCGUGAUACUCUACCUGGCGAGCUUGUGAUGCAGCUGCCAAAAGGGCUUAAAGUGGUACCUCAAGAAGACGCUUCGCUUGCGAGCUCGUCACUAGCAUCUCUAUCGCGAUGGGUUUCACCAGAUAUGAUGAUCUGUCACCCGUUGACCGUCAAGAUCGAUUUCAGUACAUAUGGAAGCACCUCCGGGUUCAGAUUUGUCGGUGGUGCUGAUAGCAAUCUAAAAAGACAAUUCUGGCAUGCGUACACGACACACGAUCCACUUGGCCAGUCGACCAGCAGCUGGCUGCCCUGUGUAGACGGGUUGUGGGAGCUCAGCACCUGGGAGCUACAAGUGUCUGUUCCGCGAACUGUAGGCACGCCAGAAACAAAUAAAAAAUCAGAUGCACCUGAAAAUAAGCCCACAGAUGCUAUGGAUGUUGACAGUACAAAUAACGAGAACCCAAACGACUUAGAAAGAGAAAAUGAGAACGAGAAUGAGAACGAAAACGAAGACGACGACGGAGACUCCGAGGAGUCGGAACUCGAUAUCAUAGUCGUAUGCAAUAAUGCCACACCAUCAGAGGUAAGCACCGCAACCCCCAUUCCCCUAACAGCUGGACACCCCACACCCGACUCGAGCGCAGCGAGAGGAGCAGCGGGGUCUGGGGCGGAGCCCCAGCCGCCGGAGGCCAUGCCCACCCCGAAACCAAGUAAACUAACACAACACAGGAGAUUCAUCCGUUCGACGCGAGCAAAAAAGUGA